AUGCCUCCAAAGGCAGCUAAAACCGCCCUUACUCCUCGAGGCGGCCCAGGCUCUGUCCCAGAUGGACCGGUGAGAAAGAAGCCACCCACCCCGUUUGCAGUAAAGCCAAUUGGCGCCUUCUAUAUAUUCUUUGGGGCGAAUCUACUCGCGGCGCUAUAUGCACCGAUACAGGACUGUGAUGAAACCUUCAAUUAUUGGGAACCUACCCACUAUCUCAGCCAUGGUUACGGCUUGCAGACUUGGGAGUACUCGCCGGAGUACGCCAUUCGAAGCUGGUUAUACAUAGCGCUGCAUGCAUUGGUUGGGAGCUUCAGACGUUUACUGCCAUUUUCAACCAAGGUGGGAGAAUUCUACUUCAUCCGAUAUAACCUAGCCUUCGUUUGCGCCCUCUGCCAGACGCAAAUGUUCCGCGUCAUAAAUAACAUCCUGAACCCUCGAAUUGCUAUAUUUUUUAUGAUGGCUAUGAUAUUCAGCCCUGGAAUGUUCCAUGCAUCUGCAGCUUUCCUCCCUUCGAGCUUCGCCAUGUACGCCACGAUGGUCGGAAUGGCCGCCUUCAUGAACUGGCGAGGUGGCUUGAAGACAGCACAAGGAAUAUUUUGCUUUGCUGUUGGAGGGAUACUAGGGUGGCCGUUUGCGAUGGCAUUAUCGGCUCCAUUCCUUUUCGAGGAGAUCAUAUUUGCGUUUUUAAGCAGCAAAGACGCAAUUAUUGAUGUGGUUCUGCGGUUUUUGAGAGGGAUUGUGGCUGGACUAAUAGUAUUGUUCUUCGAAUUCCUCAUUUCUGGGUUCUUGUACAAGAAGCUUGUGGUAGUUCCUCUCAACAUUGUCCUCUACAAUAUCUUCAGCGGAACUGGCAGAGGACCAGAAAUCUUCGGCACCGAGCCAUGGCACUUCUAUUUCCGGAACCUGCUUCUAAACUUCAACAUCUGGUUUGUCCUUGCAGUUGCAUCUCUCCCUCUUUUCAUAAUGAAAAAGAUAUUUUCUCGAUCGCAACAAGACGGUGGAGCCGCCACAGGCCUUCGUAGUCUAAUAUUUAUGACCCCCUUUUAUCUCUGGUUAGGAAUCUUUAGCUUCCAGCCUCAUAAAGAAGAGCGCUUCAUGUACCCUGCAUACCCAGCGCUCGCGCUCAAUGCAGCAAUGUCUCUACACAUUAUUCUAGCUACAUUCGGCCAGGCAGACCCAAAGACACUACUUGGGAAGAUCCCUGCCAGGUUGAAACUACUUCUCGUGAGCAUUGCGGUCAUUGGGUCUAUCGAUCUAGGUGUUGCUCGAAUAUAUGGCAUAUAUAGCGCAUAUUCAGCACCCCUCAAGAUAUAUGAACCUCUUCAAAACGGAACCCUAGGAACCAGUGGAGAUUCCGUCUGCUUUGGGAAAGAAUGGUAUCGGUUCCCAACUACUUAUCAUUUGCCGAAUGAUAUGCGGCCCAAGUUCAUCAAGAGCGAGUUCAACGGCCUUCUUCCAGGACAAUUCGGCGAGGGGAAAACCGGGUUUGGGUUUUGGUCAGGGGCUUGGCUCAUCCCAUCGGGAAUGAAUGAUCAAAAUAUUGAGGAUAUGGGCAAAUAUGUGGAUCUACGUACCUGUCAUUUCUUGGUAGACACGUACUAUCCUGGGUCAGUUGCAUCCAAGCUGGAACCACAUUAUAUCCUGGACGAAGAGAACUGGGAGAUUGUGAAAUGCGAACCGUUCCUCGAUGCGUCCAAAACGCAUGUUCUCGCCCGAACGAUCUGGUUGCCAGAUCUUUCGAUAAUACCGGACAAAUUCAAGAGGCGAUGGGGUAAACACUGCCUUUUAAAACGAAAGGUACAAGGAUAA